UUUUUUGUGACAUCGAUUGAAAUUUUGUCAGGAAAAAUGUAAACAUUGCAAUCCUUUUGUAAGAGUAUAAAGAUAAUCAUGGCAGAUAGUGAUUGGCCAAUAACAUCCGUUGCUGUGGUAACAGACCUAACUAAAGUACCACCUGCUUUCAUAGUGAUUGACAGAACGUAUGACAAAAGACAAGAAGCUGAUUUAUGGCAAGAUGGUCUGUUUGGUAGGCGUGUCUUUAGGUACUUGUGUGUAGAAAGAUGUGCUCCAUCCUCUGGUCGUGAUGUACUGGUAGAUGUUGCUGUAGUUAAUGAAAAAGAUGCAGUGCCUGCUGGUUUUACGUGUGUAGAUUAUACUUUAGAUACAAGAGAAAAGGCUGUGAAGAAGAAAACGUUAUGUAUCCGAAUGAUGGCUUCCUCUCUUACAUCUGAUGCUGUGUCAGAAUUGAUUCUUUUAUCAAAAGGCCAACGAAAACCUCCAAUGGGGUAUACUCUUGUAGGUGAUUUAAACAAUAUGGCUUUAUGUUAUAAAAUGUCAAGAAUUAUAGCCCCUGUACAGAGACAGGAAGUCCAAGGCUCUUCACCGCCUAUAAAUAUGAGCAACAUAGCAGCCAGUUUACCUUAUGCAUUGCCAGGUACUGCACGAUCAACAAAAACUGGGCCACCAGAAAGAGCCUUCAGUAACUUAGGAUUUGCAACUGUCACACCAAUGUCAGGAGUACCAUUUAAGAUCAACCCUAAAAUAACAGAUCUGUCUGAAUUGGCUGAUAUAACAAUACCAGAGAUAUAUAAUAAAACACUUGGAGAUUUAGAAAGACAGUAUGAGUAUGACUUUGCUACAGAAAGAUCAGUGAAACCAACUCGAUACUAAAACAACUUGCAGGUUAUAAAAACCCAGGUGGAAAAAUAUGGAUGGAUUUUUCUCAUGAUAUGAAAGUGAAAAUUUUUUAUAAUGAUAUUGCAAAACAAAUGAUAAAAAACAAAUUAAUUUAUUUGUAUUUGUAUAUUAUUUCCAUUAUUACAGAGAUUUACUUAUGUAUAACAGAACAUGUUAAUAUAAUCUUUAUCUCUUCAUUACACUGUUUCUAUACAUUUACUAUUAAUUGUCCCUUGCCACAGUUUUGUAGGCAGUAUCAGACUUCAGCCAUUUUAUGCUUAUUGUUGCAUAAUGAUUCCUUGUGAACACUACUACGUGGGGACUAUUUUCCCCAAAGCUAUCAUAAAUGGUGAGAUUAAUUUUUCAUCAUGUGCAAUUAACCUUGACAAUUUUUGGGGAAGCUGUGAGGCUUUUGAUCUUUUUUACGCCUCUUGUAGUCUUCAGGCACCUUGUAAAAUCUACUUCUCUGAGACAAUAUGUCUGAAUCAACACUCUUGAAACACGAAAUUUUAUGCCAGUUUGGAAUCUGCUCAGUGUAACUACACAUGAAAAUUUAGUAUUUAUUAAAAUGUUUACAACAGUCUUUAGAUUCUAAAAAAAAUAAACAGGUUUCUAUGUAAAUGGAAACAAUGAAGGGAGAUAAUAACAAAAUCACCAUACUGAGAUAAGGUAAUGUGUGUUGGUGUUGUGAUGCAAUCUUUUGUGACUAUUGCAAUGAAUUGGUUGGGGGGGCAUUUCUCUAAUACAUUUUUGUAAUAUUUGUCUUAAUCUGACAGUGUAAUCCAUUGUAAUUUAAAAAGAACACUAUUUUUUAAAAUUUCAUUAAGGAUUUUUAAGGUAUAUAAGUCAAUGUUCUCCCCAGGGCCUUUUUGCUUUUUUUAUCAUGAUUUGAUAAAAAAUCUGCUUCAGUUAUGAUUGUGAAAAUGUCCUGCAUAUCUCUAUAUAAGAGAAAUAUGGAAUUUAAUUUGAUUAUCAUUUUAAGCAAAUUUGUUUUUAAAUGCUGAAAACACAUAUGACAUGAUUACUGUGUGAACAACACACAUUUUCAGAACAACUCCUUACAGGCUAACCCAGUACUAAAUGAUUGGAAAGCCAAAAAUGUAAACUGUUAAAGAGCUGAAAAACAAAAGAACCUGAAUUGUGAAUAUGAUUUAAAUAAGACAAAUAAUAUCGUUUUCUUUCAUGUCAUUUAUGUAAUUUUACUACUCAUUGCUGGGUAGGUUUGUUAUCAAGUCAAACAUGUAUUUUGUCAAUAUUCUAUAACAAACAUUGCAAUUAUAUAAUGUUCAAGCACUCCCUUGCAACUACAUUUUGAACUAACAUCCUAUAAAAUACUAAAUUAUAAUAAAAUACACAUAAUAAGUCCUUUUGGAAAUUAAAGUUUAAAUUUGAAGUUAUUUGAAAUACUUUUGAUAUGAUGAUAGUCCGUCAAUUCCUAAUCCUUAUUUUCUGUAAAACGAAAAAGAUAAAGGCCAGAUGUGUGAGUAUAUGAUGGAUUCAUGAUAAGUCAUGUGUCCUCUGUUCUCAGGUUUCAUUGUAAAACUCUGAAUUGAGUGUUUGUUGAUAUAUUUAUUUCAAUUCCUCUAGAAGGAAAAUGUUAUAAAUCUAUAGUAUUGAAUAUCAUCUAUUCUUUUAUGAAAACAUUUAAAUUGAUAUUUAUGAAGGUGCAUGUUUUUCAGACACCAGUCAAGUUGGGACUUUACAGAAAUGCAGAAACUAAGUUCUGAAUUUUUUGGGGGGAUAUAUUUAAGAUUUUUAGGGUUUUGGUUUUACAAAGGGUAUCCUGCUUUGUACAAAUAAAUUAGACUGUGGCUUGACCUUGCAAGAAAGAUAAGAUUGUUCUAUAAAGAUUUAAUACAAGGAGGUCUUACCUUGACUAAAGAUAUCAGUGUUAUGAGUUCUAAAUGUACUUACUCAUAAGAUAUGUCUUUGUUUGUGUUUGUAUGUCAUGAGUUUAAAACUUAAAAUCAUUUUGAAAUUUAAUACUUUAUUUUUAAGCCAAAUUUUGUUUGUGCAUUAUUAUUUUAUUUUUUUUAGAGUGCUAUAUGUUAUUGUAUGUUUUAAUAAAGAUACAAGGGAUUAAUAAUAAAAAAUUAUCAAUAUUUUC